AGCGGGAACCGGGAACCGGAGCGCCGCCGCGCCGGCACCCGGAGAUGCCCUGCAUCCAGGCCCAGUGCAGCACCACGGGCACCGGCCCCUGCGAGCGCUGCCCGGCCGAGCUGCUCUGCCCCGAGGGCGGCCGAUUCCCCAUGGAAGUGGCCGGGGCCGAUCUGGCGACCGCCCCCGCCCUGCCCAGCUUCAGCACCUUCAUGGAGGGCUACGCCGGCGAGUUCGACGCCUUCCUCUACCAGCUGCCGGCCAGCGGCCAGGCCAGCGCCGCCACCGCCUUCAAGCUGGAGGACUUCCAGGUGUACGGCUGCUACCCCAGCGCCUUCGGCGGGCAGCCGGACGAGACCCUCUCCUCCAGCGGCUCGGACUGCUACGGGAGCCCCUGCUCCAUCCCCUCGCCCGCCACGCCGGGCUUCCAGCCCCCGCAGGCACCAGGCUGGGAUGGCUCCUUCGGGGCGUACUCGCCGCUGCCAAACUACGAGGGUGGGCAGCCCUGGGCUGAGCCAGCCAAGGGCGGGGGGUCACAGCCCCCCUUCUUCGCCUUCGGCCCCCCGGCCCCCAGCCCCGGUGGGUCCCCUGCCGCCCUGAAGGGGCAGCCGGGCCCCUCGCCCCGCGUGGACCCGCGGCUGCUGGACACGGACGCCUUCCCCCCGAGCCAAGGAGCCCCCAGGGGUUUUGCGGGGCUGCCCCUGGUGCCCACCUCGCCCUCGCUGCUGGAGGGGCCGGCGCUGGCGCCCGCCAAGGUGCGCAGCCCCGGCGCAGGCGAGGGACGCUGCGCCGUCUGCGGGGACAACGCGUCGUGCCAGCACUAUGGCGUGCGCACCUGCGAGGGCUGCAAGGGCUUCUUCAAGCGCACAGUGCAGAAGAAUGCCAAGUACAUCUGCCUGGCCAACAAGGAUUGCCCUGUGGACAAGCGGCGCAGGAACCGCUGCCAGUUCUGCCGCUUCCAGAAGUGCCUGGCCGUCGGCAUGGUCAAAGAAGUGGUCCGGACUGACAGCCUGAAGGGGCGGCGGGGCCGUCUCCCCUCCAAGCCCAAACAGCCGCCAGAUGCGUCCCCGGUCAGCCUCAUCACCUCGCUGGUGCGGGCACACAUCGACUCCAUCCCCAGUGCCACCAAGCUCGACUACUCCAAGUUCCAGGAGUCAGCGCCGUGCCCGUUUGAGAAGGAGGACUCGGUGGACGUGCAGCAGUUCUACGACCUCCUCACCGGCUCCAUGGACGUCAUCCGCAAGUGGGCUGAGAAGAUCCAGGGAUUCACCGAGCUGCCCAAGGAGGACCAGGACCUCCUGCUGGAGUCAGCCUUCCUGGAGCUCUUCAUCCUGCGCCUGGCGUACCGCUCGAAGCCAGAGGAGGGGAAACUCAUCUUCUGCAACGGGGUGGUGCUGCACCGGCAGCAGUGCGUGCGUGGCUUCGGGGAGUGGAUCGACGCCAUCCUCGAGUUCUCCCAGAGCCUGCACCGCAUGAGCGUCGAUGUCCCCUCCUUCUCCUGCCUCGCCGCCCUCGUCAUCAUCACAGACCGGCACGGGCUGAAGGAGCCGAAGCGGGUGGAGGAGCUGCAGAACCGCAUCGUGGGCUGCCUCAAGGACCACGUGGCAGCAGCAGGGGCCGAGCCAGGGCGCUCCAGCUGCCUCUCCAAGCUGCUGGGGAAGCUGCCGGAGCUGCGCAGCCUCUGCACCCAGGGCCUCCAGCGCAUUUUCUACCUCAAGCUGGAGGACCUGGUGCCGCCGCCACCCAUCGUCGACAAGAUCUUCAUGGACACUCUGCCUUUCUGAGUCCCGGGCAAGGGGCUGCCGUGAGCCCCUGGCCCACCUGGGCACAUCUGGGACCCACCCUGGGCAACCCUGGUUCAGUCCGAGGAUUCCUGGAAACCCCCUGGGUACCCCUGGGUCACUCCUGGGAUGCCUGGAACAUCCACUGGGUACCCCUAGAUCAACCUUGGGAUGUUUGGGACCCCCCCUGGGUGACCCCCAGAAUGCCCAGAAACCACCUGGGCACCCCUGGAUCACUCCCAGGAUGCCUGGAACCUGCCCUGGUCACUCCUGGAUCAAUCCUGGGAUGCCCAGGACCUCCCUGUGGACUCCUGAAUGACCUCUGGGACACCAGGGACCCCCCUGGGCCAUCCCCAAGACUGUGUACACCCCUGGAUCACCACCAGAACCCCUGGAACCCCCUCUGGAUCCCUCCCAGAAUGCCUGGAAUCCCCCCUGGGUCACCCACAGGAUGCCUGGGGCCCUCUGGUCACCCCUAGAUGGCUCCUGGGAUGCCUGGGACCACCCCUGCGUCACUCCAGGGAUGCCUGGGAUCCCCUCUGGAUCACUCCCAGGGUGUCUGGAUCCCCCCUCAGAUGCCUGAGUCUUCUUGGGGGCACCCUUGGGGGUGCCCCACGUGCCUUCGCGGCCCAGGGCACAGCCCCGGUGCCGCCUUCCCCGGGGGCAUCGCCAGCACGGUGCCGCCCUCCCCUGUAAAAAGCCCCUGAUGUAAAUAGCGCCGGCCGGGUCCUGUACAGAGCGGGGGGCGCGGGGCGAGGGGUGGAUCCGACCCCCUCAGCCUCAACCCCUUCCCCUUUAUAUAUAUUUUUCUGGGUUUCCCUCUUUUUGGCCAUUUUCUGUAUAUAAACUUGUACGUACAGUGAGA